CUUGACCUUUUUUUUAAUUUACACAACAUUUCAUUUCAUUUUCAUAGCCACACCUUAUUCUAUUUUUGGCGACCUUUCCAUUACAUCCUUCCCUCUUUCUCUAUCUUUUUCUUCACUUUUCUCUUUCUCAACUGAAUCUGUGUCCAAUCUCCCAUCUCUAGUAACUCCGAGAAGGAAAUUGAUUAAGCAAGUUAUAGAAGAAAGUAACUUUUUUGUCUGAUUUUUGCACAAAGCUUGUGUCUUGGUUGAAGGAUCAUUAGAGAUAUUGGAAAGCAAAUUGAAGUUUAUAUUCGGUGGGUCUCGUUAAUUAUAUGAUUGGGUUGGGCUGUUAUAAAUUGUAGACUUGGUGUUUUUGGAGUAAUUUGAAGGUGGGAAGUAUUUGAUUGUGUAGAUUAAUUGUUUGAGUUCUUGCCAAGUGAUAUGAUGGUAAUAUUGGAGGAAUUGGUACUUGGAUAACAAAGGAUGAAGUAAGAUUUUAGUGAAAUGGAGUCAAAAGGGGAUGUUGAUGUACAUGAAGAACGACCUUCUUCGCCUUUGUGGGUUUUGCACCAAAUAUCUGAGGAGGCAGUCAGGGUGGCAAAUGAGUACUUGGGUAGUGCGAAUACAUCACCAGUUUGGACAGGACAUAAACGAAGUCAGAGUGAAGUUGUAAGCCAUUCGCACCGGCGCAGUAAUAGUUUCCAGAACUUGAAGUCCCAGAUAUCAAAGGCUUGGCGCUGGGGUGGAAACUCGCAGUAUGAGAACGGUCGGGUUAAUUAUAAUCCUGAGGUGCUGGCAAACCAGAAACGUCAGUGGUGCCAGCUUCAUACCCAAGAUCGUUCGAAAUUUCAGGAGCCCACUUCAUUAUUUGAACAUUUCAUAGUUACAGGUCUACAUCCAGAUGCCAAUCUUGAAGCUGUGGAGCAUGCCUUUGCUAGACGGAAAAAGUGGGAGGCAGAAGUGGCAAGAUCAGAUGAAUUGGAUGGAAGAUCUUUCAAUUAUCGUGGGCCUUCACCUCCGGCGCUUGAUCCUCAGAUAAUUUUCAAAUAUCCACCUGGGAAGAAACUGCCUAUGCGUCUCAAGGAUUUAUGUGCAUUUUCUUUUCCUGGAGGUGUCAAGGCUCGGCUAAUGGAGAGAACUCCAUCUCUGAGUGAUUUGAAUUCACUUGUCUAUGGGCAGGAGCAUAUGGGUAGGGAUGAUUUGGCAUUUGUCUUCUCAAUGAAGGCUGCAGAUAAUGGAACACUAUAUGGUGUUUGCCUGCAUGUACCAGAAAUUGUUCAGAGGCUACCUACUAUCUUGGGUUCUUCUUCACCCCUGUGCAAUCCAUCUAUAGGAGGCAGCCGAUUUCUGGUCUCUGCACCCCGCUGCUAUUGUUUGCUAACUAGAGUUCCUUUCUUUGAGCUACACUAUGAGAUGCUCAACAGUAUUAUUUCACAGGAGCGUUUGAAUCGGAUAACGCAGUUUGUGAGUGAAAUGAGUCUCUGUGAUUAUUCCCCCUUCCCCUCUCCUUCAAGAGGUCCGUAUGGAAAUUUCGACUCACCCAGUAGGGAAAUUGAGUGGAUGUCAUCAGCUAUUCCUGUUGAUCGUGCAAUAGCUCUUACUGCUGCUGCUGCUGGUAUUAUAACUGAUGAUGAAGUCCCAUCUGUUUCUUCGAAGAUUGGGGAAACUCAGUCUCCAUCUAAUGCAAGCGAGGCCUCAGAUUUUGGUCCUUUUAAAGAAGUAGAUCAGGAUGGGAAAAGAAAUUUACAAGAUUCAGAUGAUCUUGCUUCUGAUGCAUCUGAAAUCUGUGCUAAUGGUUUUGGUAGACCAUAUGAGAAUUUGGAAAAUGGUACUUGUUCACCUGAGGCUACUUUGUCAUCCCCUCCUGACAACCUCAAACUGGAGAGAAGCAACAGUUCUCAGUCCUUAUAUAGUUCAGUGAGAAGCAUGGAUGAAGAUGAUUGUUUUUCAAACCAGGAUAGUGAUUAUUCUGGCGAUUUCAUGACUUUGGAAUGGGCUAAGGAGAAUAAGAAUGAUUUUCUGCAGAUAGUUUGUGCUUAUGGUUCUCUUUCUGUUCCUGCACGGGGGAGUGAGGUAGUUUUUCAGCCACUUGAGCACCUGCAGGCAAUUCAGUACAAACGCUGUUUAGUUUCUGAUCUUGGUAUAGAUGAAAUUUCAUUGGAUAUAGAGUUGUGUGAUCCAAUCAAAUCUGCUGAGGUCAAUGCAAGGUUAGCAGUUGCAGAGGAAGCUGUUGCAUUAUCUGUUUGGACUACUGCAACCAUCUGUCGUGUGCUUUCUCUUGACAGUAUUUUGGCUUUGCUUACUGGAGUAUUGUUGGAGAAACAAGUGAUUGUAGUUGGAUCUAAUCUGGGUGCUUUAUCAGCUGUAGUGCUGUCUAUCAUACCAAUUAUUCGUCCAUUUGAAUGGCAAAGUCUUUUUUUAUCGAUUCUCCCAGGGAAGAUGCUGGAUUUUCUUGAUGCUCCUGUUCCUUAUAUUGUUGGUAUCAAAAAUAAACCAGCAGACUUGAAGAUUAAGACUUCUAAUCUUGUCCUUGUUAAUUUGGCAAAGGAUCAGGUGAAAAUGUGUUCCUUGCCCUUGCUUCCUCGACGGAAGGAGCUCUAUGCUGAACUUCGUCCAUUUCAUACUGCACUGACUGGUCAGUCUAGGAUGGCUGAGAAGCACCCUGUAUAUAAGUGCAAUGAGGAGCAGGCUGAAGCUGCCACAUGCUUUUUAGAUGUCAUGAAGAGAUACAUGGAGUCCCUCUGUGGAGAUUUAAGGUCUUAUACCAUCACAAGUGUAUCAAAUAACGAUCGAGUCUCUCUACUUCUUAAGGAUAGUUUUAUUGAUUCCUUUUCUAGUAGAGAUCGACCAUUCAUUAAGCUGUUUGUAGACACACAAAUGUUUUCAGUUUUAUCGGAUUCUCGUUUGGCAACCUUUGAGCACGAGAAAUCAUAAUAUAGAUCGUGUAAAGCAGGCAAGAUAGAAAACAUGUUGAAUAGUCCGAUAUCAGACGGUUAAGUGCAGCUAGAUAGGUCUCGCUGUUUGUAGUUAAUACAUACAUGGUUAGGUUUUUCUCUCUAUCUUUCACCUUUUCGUUUUUUUUUUCUUUGGGGUGGGGGGGAACAGCUAGAUCCUUAUAGUUGCUAGCUGCUGCGUUUGGCUUGAAGAGAAAAAGAAAAGAGAUUAUGUAACAUAGUCUGAUAGCCUGAUAGUACACAAAUAUCUUAGUGGGGAGGUUAAAUCCCUAUAUUUAUAUGGGAUAAGUCAUAAGUGUAUGAGCUGCAUUCAAGCACCUGUGGUUCAACCUUUUGUAAAUGCUAUUUAUCCAAUAUAACUGGCUUUAUUGUUCUUUUAACAGUUUA